UCACCACUUCCCUCACGAGUUACGAUUCUAUCCUGGGCAUCUCCAUUUCGUACGCCUCGAAUUCGAUCUUACCGUCCUCACUACCAUGGCCUCAGUCGACACGUCCAUCCCCGAACACGCCACGGGCGCCGCAGCCGGCCUCAUCUCCCAACACUCCGCAGAGCCCGCCGUCACGCUCUACGGCAGCUGGUUCUGCCCGUUCGUGCAACGCGUCUGGAUCAUCCUCGAAGAGAAAAAGAUCCCCUACCAAUACGUCGAAAUCAACCCCUACCGCAAAGACCCGUCCUUCCUCGCCAUCAACCCGCGCGGCCUGGUCCCCGCCCUGGCCGUGCCCCCCGACGACCACGGCAACCCGCGCAAACCCCUCUACGACAGCACCGUCAUCGCCGAGUACCUCGACGAGGCCUUCGCCGACACCACCACCAACACGACCACCGAGUACGGGGCGGCGACGGCGGCGGCGGCGGCGGCACCGCGCUUCCUCCCGGCCGACGACCCUUACGAACGGGCCCGGUGCCGGCUGUGGAUCGACCACAUCAACACCCGCAUCGUGCCCGCCUUCUACAAGUUCCUCCAGCAGGACCCGUCCGACGCGUCCGCCCUCGCAGAAGCCCGGGCCCACUUCCUCGAGCAGCUGCGGCUGCUGGUGCGCGAGAUGGACGACACGCUGCCGUAUUUCCUCGGGGAGGAGUUCUCCCUCGUCGACGCCAUGCUGGCGCCCUGGGCCGUGAGGCUGUUCCUCCUCGACCACUACAAGCCCGGGGGCGUGGGGGUCCCUGCGCCCGAGCACGGCGGCGAGAACGAGCAGGACUGGGUCCGGUGGCGGGUGUGGUUCGAUGCCGUGCAUGAGAGGAGGAGCGUCAGGGGGACGAUGAGCGACGCGGCGGCGUACGUGGAGGUGUACAAGCGGUAUGCGGACAACACGACCCAUUCGCUGGUCGGUCAGGCUACCCGGAUGGGCGGGAGGAUGCCGUGAGUGAGGUCAAGUGGUAGAGAUAAGGGGUGUUGCG